CAUGGCUAACGAAUCUGCCUUCUCCCGGGACGAUCUCCUUCAGCCGGACGGAACCUUCAACGAGUCCACCUUCAGCAACGUCUCCCUGGAGCUGCUGAGGAACCUCAUCCACUCGGUCCGGCACAGUACGGGCUCUCAGAGCCUGACGGUCAGGGCAUUACUGAUCGGCGCUUACACACUCACCAUCACCGUCUCCCUAUUCGGAAACCUCCUGGUGUGCCAAGUAUUGCUGAAGAACAAGAGAGUGAACACAGCAACUGGCCUCUUCAUCACCAACCUGGCCAUAGCAGACCUGAUGAUAACCCUGCUCAACACCCCCUUCACUCUGGUCCGGUUUGUGAACAGCACCUGGAUCUUUGGCAAGACUAUGUGCCACGUCAGUCGUUUCGCCCAGUACUGCUCGCUCCACGUCUCCGCACUGACUCUGACCGCCAUCGCCCUGGACAGGUACCAGGCGAUUGUGCAUCCUCUGAAGCCUCGCAUGUCGGUUCCCCGGGGUAUCAUCUGCGUCGCUGGCAUCUGGGUCCUGGCCUCCUGCUUCUCGCUGCCUCACGCUAUUUACCAGAGGCUCUUCCGCUUUGUGUACAGGGAGACAACAGUCCGGAGCCUUUGCGUUCCCGCUUUCCCGCAGCCCUCCGACGUGGUCUGGAAGUACUUGGAUCUGGCCACCUUUGGCCUGCUGUACGCUCUGCCGCUGUUGGCCAUCACCAUAGCCUACACCGCGGUGGCCAAGAAACUGUGGCUGAGGAACGCCGUCGGGGACAUCACCCUGGAGCAGUAUGCUGCCCAGCGCCACAAGAAGAAGAAGACCAUUAAGAUGAUGAUGCUGGUGGUGGUGGUCUUUGCCAUUUGCUGGUCGCCCCUCAACUGCUACGUGGUACUCAUCUCCAGUCAGCUCAUCCAGAGCAGCAAUGCCCUCUAUUUCACCUUCCACUGGCUUGCCACCAGCAGUACCUGCUAUAACCCCUUCAUCUACUGUUGGCUCAACGACCGCUUUCGCUCCGAGUUGAGGGCGCUGGCCGGCCGGUGCUGCGGGCCGAGGAGCUCGGAAGCCAAGAUGGUGGCCCCCGUCUCCCACAGGGCAAUUCGGAGGGCCUGGCCAGAGGAUCAGUGCAGUCCUCCUGACGCACUGAUGGGAUCCAACCUGCCAGGCCCGUUGGGCAACAGCGGAGGUGUAAGUACCAAUCCAUCGAGCCCUCGCAAUCUGUGACGGCCGUGUGCAAGUGCAAUAUCGAGGGAACACCUGGAAAUAAUACUUCCACUCCAGAUGGGACAACCUCGAUGAUUUGCAAACCAAGACCCACUCAAGAUUUGAACCUCGUGUUCACCUCUGGGGUUCAUUCCAGAUAUUCAGAGAAGCCAUUUUGUUUCACAAUGCUCCACCUUUCACCUCUGGUCGCCAAUCUUGGUUCACCACUAUCUUUGCUGUUUUUGUUCAUACAGCAUUUGUCACUGGAUAUUUCGCCCCUGCCUUCUAUCUAAUGACCUUGUACAAAAUGUUAUGGACCAGGCCAGACCCUCUCAAACUAUUUAGGUUGCCUGGACCCUAACUUUUUCUUAUUUGAAGGAAAAUAUGAAGUGUCUUUCCCAAAUGCGAUGGUCAAAUUCCUUGAUGUUAACUAAAGUGCAAUUUAUUUAAACAUUGUGGUUAAAAUACAGAAAAAAAGAGAAAUUUAGAAUAACUUAACUCUAUUGGAAAGCUUAACCAAAUAGUAGAUACAGUGCCCAUUAUUAAUUAACAGUUCCAAUACAAUAACAUCCCAUAAGUACACCCCUUGGCAGAAAGGCAAAUUCAGACAGAGAUUCUCACAUGCAGUUUUCCAAUCCAGGAGGAAAGAGGAUAUCAAGAGAAAAAUUCAGAGAGCAGCUCAGAGACAUUCACUGAAGCUUCUAACUGUUUUCAGACCCCAAUAUUUUCUGAUGUGACCCAGAAAUCCUGAUCUGUCAGAGCUAGCCACAUGCAUUCAGACUUCAUUAAAAUGAGCUAUUUACCAUACCCCAGACAGUUCGGCACCUCUGCCUUUUAAACUC